AAAUCCUUGGUAUCGUUCGUCUUACAAAAUCUUUACGGGAAUUCCGCGUCGAUCAGACCUUUCGACAGCGUGUUUCCUAUUCUUCUGGAUCCCAAGUCGAAAUAAAAGCACUCAUCAAUAGAAAGAUGUCGGAAUGCGAAGGACGUGUUGCACUCGUUACCGGUAUUACGGGACAGGAUGGGUCUUACCUUGCGGAACUAUUGCUGGACAAGGGCUACACGGUACACGGUAUUGUCCGUCGGUCUUCUUGCUUCAACACGGGUCGUAUUGAUCAUCUUUACCGUGAUCGUCACGACACGCAAGUAAAGCUCUUCUUGCACUACGGCGAUCUGUGCGACGCCAGCAAUUUGAUCACGAUCAUUUCGUCCGUCAAGCCCGAUGAAAUCUACAAUCUGGGUGCCAUGAGCCACGUCAAGGUCUCCUUCGACAUGCCCGAAUAUACGGCUGACUGCGACGGACUCGGUGUUCUGCGCAUGUUGGACGCUGUACGUGCGGCGGGCUUGGAACAGUCAGUCAAGUUUUACCAAGCUUCCACCAGUGAACUCUACGGCAAGGUUCAAGAAGUUCCGCAAUCCGAAACCACUCCUUUUUAUCCCCGUUCCCCUUAUGCUGUUGCCAAGCAGUACGCCUUUUGGAUUCUCGUCAAUUACCGUGAGGCCUACGGCAUGCACUUGACAAACGGGAUUUUGUUCAAUCACGAGUCUCCUCGACGUGGUCGUACCUUUGUGACCCGCAAGAUUACAUGCGCGGUGGCUGCUAUUAAAGAAAAGCAACAGAAGACUCUUUAUCUAGGAAACCUUGACGCCAAGCGCGAUUGGGGCCACGCACGUGAUUACGUCGAAGGCAUGUGGAUGAUGCUCCAACAAGAGACUUCGGACGAUUAUGUCUUGGCGACGGGAGAAACGCACACCGUGCGUGAAUUCGUGGAGCUCGCUUUUGCCGCAGUCGAUAUUACCGUCAAAUGGAAGGGUGAGUUCGGUACUAUUGAUGAAAUCGGCGUCGAUGCGGAUAACGAAGAUCACAUCCUUGUCAAGAUCGAUCCACGAUACUUCCGUCCUACGGAAGUUGAGCUCUUGUUGGGAGAUCCCACCAAAGCGAAGGAAAAGCUUGGAUGGACUUCGUCUACGCCUUUCCCCGAUUUGGUCAAGGAAAUGGUGAAAGAAGAUCUCGCGAUGGUUCGUGGUACUAGCGUAGAUCCGGAAAAGUUACUCGACUGAAUGUUUCAGAUCGAUUACAGUUAGUGUGGCAAAAUAAAGAUUUCUUUGUACAAGCGA